AUGCCUUCUUUGGGAUGUGGAACGUGUCGAGUAAAUGCUUCUUCAAGAGACAUGGAGUUACAUCAUAUGAUCUCAAAGUUAGCUCAAAAAUACAGCGUUGGAGUUGAAGCAGUAGUCGAUACACCGAUCAAGCUUAUCGAGGAUACGAUCUUAGCCAGACAAGCCAGACAGGCCACACCUUUCAUAUUACUAAACUCUCCCGCAACAGGGGUUCUUGCAGAGUUGAGCCCAGCCAACAAGAACUUAUUCCAGUAUUUUGUAGAGAGAGCCUCGUAUUCGAUAAGUACUUUCGGGAAGGAUGCGCAGAGAGUUCCCAAAAUCAUUAUCCGCAUGGCUCUUUCUGGCAGCACUCCCUCGUCUACAGCAGUAUUAAAGUCAUCUCUUGCCCUAGCAUCGUUCCAUCGUGACAACUCGUUCUAUGCAACGGCGCGAUCCAAGGUUGCUGCACUGCGGGCCUUGGCCAAGUCACUACAAGGUUUUAUUGGCGUGAGCGACUCGGCUUGUCAUAUCGCAGCUGGGAUUAUAUUGUCCACUCUGGAGAUACAACAAAGUUCGACAACGUCAAGUCACUGGCUGUGGUAUGCCUGCGGCGCUGCCAAACUCGUCAAAACAUCUGGUCUUGAUGAGAUCACAACAGAUAGAGAUAUGACCUCACUUGUAGGAUGGGUUCAUUAUUUCAACACCAUGGCAAAGUUUAGCCUGCGCCAUUGGAAACCCAACUUUGUUCUUGAUUAUUCUAGUUUGGUUGAUGCCGGGUUUAACACAUUUCAUCCGGCUGUUUGUUCGAACGGACAGCCAGCGAACUUGACAGGAUAUCCACACGAGAUACUAUAUUUGCUCACAGAAGUGUUCAACUCUGUAACAGUGGCAUCUGAUCCACGGUACAAUACAGCAGAGUACGUUCAUCGGCUCCAGUCGCUCGACUCUAGUCUUGAUUUGGAUGACGACCAGCCCGAGUUUAACAUGGCAGUUGAGUUGUAUCGGCUAUCAACUUUGAUAUACCUCAGACGUGCGUCCGCGGGGAUACUUGAUCUGGAUAAGAAUUUCAUUGACUGGGUCGAUCAAGCCUUUGUAUUACUUGCUCAUCUGCCAACCUGCCAAUGGACAUUUCCGUUGUUCAUAUUUGGUUGCGAGGCUCGUGAUGAUGGAAGACGACUGGUUCUGCUCGAUCUCAUACAAAGGACAACCGAUGAUGGCCGAUACAGGAGUUUGGCGUCCAUCAAGAGAUUGAUUGAGAUCAUGUGGGUGCAACAGGAUCUGUUGGAUGAUGACUUGGAUUAUAUUUCUAAGCUUGGGGUUAUUCUUAGCUCCAGCCAAAAAUCUGUUCCAGCAUUUCUAUAG